AUGUCCGCCAAGUCGAUUUUCGAGGCCGACGGCAAGGCCAUCCUCAACUACCACCUCACUCGUGCUCCCGUCAUCAAGCCGAGCCCUCUGCCGACGCCCACCAAGCACAACCCGCCCGCGAGACUGGCCUCGCUGCACUUCCCCGAAGAUGCCAGCGUCGAAGACGUCCUGAACCAGGCCGAGGUCACCUACCCCUGGCUCCUCCAGCCCGGCGCCAAGUUCGUCGCGAAGCCCGACCAGCUCAUCAAGCGGCGAGGCAAGAGCGGCCUCCUGGCCCUCAACAAGACCUGGCCCGAGGCCAAGGCCUGGGUCGCCGAGCGUGCUGGCAAGGAGCAGAAGGUCGAGCACACGAGCGGUGUGCUGAGGCAGUUCCUCGUUGAGCCGUUCGUCCCUCACCCCCAGGACACCGAGUAUUACAUCAACAUCAACUCCGUCCGCGAUGGCGACUGGAUCCUCUUCACCCACGAGGGUGGUGUUGACGUUGGCGAUGUCGACGCCAAGGCUGAGAAGCUCCUGAUUCCCGUCGACCUGUCCCAAUACCCUUCCAACGAGGAGAUUGCUGCCGCUCUCCUCAAGAAGGUCCCCAAGGGCGUUCACAACGUCCUCGUCGACUUCAUCACUCGCCUGUAUGCCGUCUACGUCGACUGCCAGUUCACGUACCUCGAGAUCAACCCUCUCGUCGUUAUCCCCAAUGAGGACAAGACCUCUGCUGCCGUCCACUUCCUGGAUCUGGCGGCCAAGCUGGACCAGACGGCCGACUUUGAGUGCGGUGUGAAGUGGGCUAUUGCUCGCUCUCCCGCUGCCCUGGGCCUCACCAACGUUGCCCCUGCCUCUGGCGAGAAGGUCAACAUCGAUGCCGGCCCGCCCAUGGAUUUCCCUGCUCCCUUCGGCCGUGAGCUGACCAAGGAGGAGGCCUACAUCGCUGACCUCGAUGCCAAGACUGGUGCCUCGCUGAAGCUCACCGUGCUGAACCCCAACGGCCGCAUCUGGACCCUCGUUGCUGGUGGUGGUGCGUCGGUCGUGUACGCCGAUGCCAUCGCCUCGGCUGGCUUCGCUGAUGACCUCGCCAACUACGGUGAAUACUCUGGUGCGCCGACCGAGUCGCAGACCUACCACUACGCCCGCACCGUCCUCGACCUGAUGCUCCGUGCCCCGCUGUCGGACAAGGGCAAGGUCCUGUUCAUUGGUGGUGGCAUUGCCAACUUCACCAACGUCGCCAGCACCUUCAAGGGCGUCAUCCGCGCUCUGCGGGACUUCGCCACCCAGCUCAUCGAGCACAACGUCCAGAUCUGGGUGCGCCGUGCCGGCCCCAACUACCAGGAGGGUCUGAAGAACAUGAAGGCGGCCACGCAGGAGCUGGGCCUCAACGCCAAGAUCUUUGGCCCCGAGAUGCACGUCUCUGGCAUCGUGCCUCUGGCCCUCAUCCCUGGAAAGUGGGAGGAGAGCAAGGCCGAGGAGUUCAGGGGCUAA